GUCAAGUUGUUUUGAUUCACUCCGUCGUUUUUAUUACGUUAAAAUUAAAAUAUUAAAUUAAGAAUAAUAAAGUUUUAUCGAAAUUAAGCAUUUCACUUUGUGAAUAGUGUUGUUUUAUAAAUUAGUCAAGUGGAAAUAUGUUGAAUGUAACAUGAGCGAAAUGAGUGCGAAACCGACUAUUUAUCAUGAAAAACAAAUAAAAGAAUUGUGCGCCUUACACGCGCUCAAUAAUUUAUUCCAGACUCGAGGAACAUUUUCUAAAUCGGAACUAGAUGCAAUAUGCAGUCGCCUGUCUCCAAAUGUUUGGAUAAAUCCUCACAGAUCACUUCUUGGCCUUGGAAACUAUGAUAUAAAUGUGAUAAUGGCAGCGUUACAGAAGAAGGGCUGUGAAGCCAUCUGGUUUGAUAAAAGAAAAGAUCCCGGUUGCCUAGAUCUUGCCAAUAUUUGUGGAUUCAUAUUAAAUGUGCCUUCGGAUUACAAGCUUGGUUUUGUUAUGCUGCCAUUACGUCGUCGGCAUUGGAUCACAAUUAGACAGAUACAGGGAAACUUUUAUAAUCUUGAUUCGAAGUUGGACUCACCUCAGUUAAUAGGAAGGAGUUGUGACCUUAUCGCGUAUCUAAAGGAACAACUAGACAGCAAAGAGAAAGAACUAUUUAUUGUGGUGAGUAAAGAAGUCGAAGAGAAACAGCUUUGGAUGCACCAGUAUGUUUUGCCAACACCGGAGCCAAACUAUUGCCCUAAACUACCUCUGAACGGUGAAAGUCCAAGCGAAAGCAUAUCGUCCAACGGCCAAUAUGAUUAUAAUAAUAGAGACGCCGAGUGUCUCAAACUAAAUGAUGUCCAAAAUCAUAUCCUCAGCACAGAGAAUAACUGCUAAAAUAUUACUUUAGGUGAUUUUAGAGUAAAUGACUCAAAUCAUGAAUCAUCUUGUAAAGUAGACCCACUACCUUAUUGUGUUUCUAAGGUUUAUGAGGUGAGUCGUUUUGUUUCUAAAUUAGUAUUGGAUGAUAACGAAUAGCAAUCUGCUUGUGUUCACAUAAAUAUAUUUGUAUAAAUAUGUGGUAUGCAUGAGCACUUUUAAGAUUUGGGUUGAGAGGAUAUGUGUCAAAUCAGUUAAUUAAAUUAAAUCAGAAUGAGAAAUACAAUUCCAUAGUGACGAAUGUUUUUUUUUUUGAGCCAAAGUGAAAUCUCAACUGUAUUUGACUUCAGUGUAGGAGUGGAUUGCACUUGUUGCUCAUCGCUUGGGUCUCAACCUGUCGGGCUGGAACUCGCACUGAGCACAAGUGAGAUGAAGUGACACUGUCUAAAUCCCACCUCACUAGUCAUCAUUACUGCCGUGUUUACGCCCUUAAUAUUAUCUGUAUGGGAUUUAUAAACAUAGGUAUGCACCUGUAUUUGGUGAGGCAAUAAUUAAUGUUACAAAAGUUUGUAAAUAUAUUCGUGUGAGAUUCGUCUUGUAAAUUGGGAUCAUGAUUAGAUAAUGUUUUUUUUUUGUUAUCUUAAUCGAAUAUUAAGUCGUUAGUUAAGUUGGGAACUGCAUAUUCACGUUAGAAUAUAUCAAUUGUCAUAGCGAUAUUUGAUGUCUCUAUCAGUUUUGUUAAGCAGACAGAAUUAUGUUAGGCAUUUGUAGAUCCACCUUUAAUAUUCAUUCAGUACGGUACUUUGUUGUUCUUUGUGAAAAAUCACUCUUAGAUUCGCACUCGAAGUUUCCAAUUUUUCAAAAUGGCGCGUUGCUAUAAAUAACAAUCAAAGAUUAAACAUGCAAAAAAGAAUACAUCAAUCCGUAUUUCAUUUUGUAAUUUUAAUGCUGCCCGUAAAAUAUUGAGUUUUUUUAGCGGGAAAUUUAAAAUCAACCAUUUGAACAAUAUUGUUCUCAGAAAGUUUAUUGUUGUAGAUUAGAACAAGUUACACAGAACACUCACGUUACUACAAUGUUAGAUCUUUGUCGUGCUCAUCAUUAAAUCUCGAAUAAAAUAAGAACAGUUUAGAAAAUUAAUUAACUUGUAUUUCUUAGUGUUAUUUCCUUAGUAUUAUUUCACCACCAACACUUUUGACUCCGAGUCAGGUGCAGUAAUUAGUGCGCCUGAUUACUGGGCCGAGGGUCGUAGGAUACUUACUAGGGUUAGUACUUGAAAUUUACUCCAAACGUAUUGAAAUACAUCAAUCUCUGGUUCCCAGAGUACAGUACAUCCAGUUUGGGGCCAGAUGACCGUGCGUAACUUGUCGCGACUUUAUUAUUACUUUUGACACUGUUUCAUUUGACAUAAAAUCGGGUGGUUAAUCACAAAUUACAAAUCGGGGAACCUGACACAAUUUGUUUGUGUGGCUCUUAAUUAAGCAUCGACCGUUCUUAAGUGUUUUUAAUUUUUUAGCGAGGGUUUUUAAUAGCCCUUGGAGGUAGACGAGCAUACGGCCCACUUGAUGGUGAGUGGUUACCGUCGCUCAUGGACUUCAGCAAUGCCAGGGGCAGAGCCGAUGCCAGCAAUGUAUUGCUAAAGGUGUCGGCGUUGAUCGCAUCAUACCUUACGCUAGCUAGCAUCAGUCGUGCAAGUGUCCAAAAGUAUGAUCAUCAUUCUGUAUUCAAAUAAAUUUAAAUGUACUUAAUUAUUAUAAUUUAUUUUAUUUUUAAUUUAUUUUUAAUUUUAUUUUGUUACUGUUUUCAUUUUAUUUUAUGCUCACGUUAAGUUAUUUAUUCAAAUACACGCAUAAUGUAUCACUUCGUCUGUGAUAAUUUUGGUGUAUAGCGGGUUAUUGAUUGUACAUGUUAGAAUAAUAACUCUUUGAUUUACUUUUACGCUGGAAUACACAAUAUUUUUCUAUUUAUUUAAAAAUCAAACACUAGACUGAUAUUCUGAAGUUUUAUGAAAAAAUAUUUAGGGAGACCUAAUCUGAAAAAAUUGAAUUUUCUUUUUAAUUAAGCUAUAUAUUUAAUGGGUAAAUUUAAUUGCAAUAUUUAAAAUAACAAUUAUCACCAGAGGCAUUGUGUCUGUUUAGAUUCGGUCCAAUCAAAUGUUUUCUUGUACUUCUGAUUUGCAGUUAAAUAGGUUAAUUUUGUGACGUUUAAAUUUAAAAUAAAAUCCGCCAUUUUAUCCGAUAAGGUU